AUGGAUUCCUCUUCGUCUUUCUUCAUGGCGGGUUUGAGCUCAGAGGACCUGCAGCUGCAGCAUUUCAUAGAGGUGGAGACUGAGAAGCAGCACUUCCAGCAGCUGGUGCACCAUGUGACUGAACUUUGUUGGAAAUGCAUGGACAAGUCUAGGCCACAGUUGGACAGUUGGGUUGAGGCCUAUUUUGUGAACUGUGUUGAGCUCUUCAUUGAUACAAGCCAAUUCAUCUUGAAUGGACUGGAACAGACUCAGAAAGCCAAGCCAGUCUUCUCAGAAAGCCUUUCUGACUGA